GGCGUUACCUGCGCAGUACAUGUAGAGGAGACUUGUUGUGUCUUGCUAGCUAGUUGUGAAGAGUGAGGAGUGUUUGCACUGAGCUUGCUGUUGGUCUGGAUCUGUUGCACAGCAGCUAAAGACAGUCUGCUGUAAGAGGUUGCUGAUUGACGGGAGCUGAUUUUGCCCUGAAGCUAGUGAGUGGUUACAGAAGACACAAGAUGAGGAGUUUGUUGGGAAUAUUGCUACUCGUCUCAACGCUGGCCACACCUAUUCUUUGUUUUCCGUCAGGCGCUCCAGUAGAUGCUUGCGAAGAUUUGACACCGAAUCACGGAGUUGCAUCGCAGACGUCGCCUAACCCAUAUCUGUUAGACUUGGAACAAUUUAGAGACCCUGAAGAUGGAACGUACUACUACAUACCUGGAGUCACAUACACUAUCACGCUGAAUGCUAGCAGCUCUGGGGUGACUUUCAGGGGGUUCCUGAUCCAGGGUCGAGUUUUAGGGAGUGACCCCGAGAGAUCGGAUGGAUCCUUCCCCCCUCCUGGCCCUUCUAACCCGUACAUCUUCCACAACUGCAACACUACUCGGUUUCCGUUGACCAGUGGAGUUACUCAUGUAUCUAAUCUUGACAAAACCAGUAUCUCCAUUGAUUGGACUGCACCUGUUGCUGGAACAGGGAGUAUUGAAUUUGCGUACACAGUUGUCCAAGUCCAAUUAAUAUUUUGGGCCAACGUGAGAAGUAUUGAGCUCCAGGAGAGAUCUUGCGUAACACCAGAGUACCGGACAGGCUCUUCUUAUUGUACUGAGGAGUGUCCUGGCCUCCAAAUCGGAAAUUAUACUUCUCAGUUGUGUGAAGAUUUGCCUGCUGUGUUUAUUGCUGCCACUAAUGCCACUAGAUAUUUCUUUUCAUUUCCGGAUGAUACCCCAGUUGGUACUACACUUUUCAAGUUCACUGCAUAUGUGGAUGAAUCUGUGUUUACUGGUGGCCUGUUUGGCAUAUUUGUCACCAUUUCACAAAGUGGAACAAUACAGAGUUUGUUUAGUUUCGACUCAGGUACACGAGAGAAAAAUUACCAAGGUUCAACUUUAAAUGAUUUAGAUCGAAUUGGAGCCGUCAUAGCAAUACCAGAGAGUAUUUUCUUAUUAAGAGUAGUUCUAGCGGAUGAUCCAGUUGAAUUUGAUUUUAACUUGAACAUAGUUCCAUUUGGUAUUGAUAACAGUGGAACUGAGAUAACUCAGGACCUUGAUGUCACAGUCUCUGUUACAAUCACAAGACCCCCUAAUCCCUGUAUUCCUGACCCUUGUAUGAAUGGAGGAAUAUGUGAUCCUAACUUAGAUGCUCAGAAUUUCACUUGCAUGUGUCCCGCUGCCUAUACUGGCUCAACCUGCGACACCCUCAUCGAUCCCUGUGGUGAGGGUGGUCCCUCAAACUGUCAAAAUGGUGCCACUUGUACGAAUGUAGGCACUACAGGCUACAUGUGCAUGUGUGCUAUCGACUUUACUGGACAAGAUUGUGAUGUUACAAUAGACGAUUGUGCACAAAACCCUGGUGCUUGUAACAACGGUGAUUGUGUAGAUGAGGUAGGAAAUUUCUCAUGUGAUUGCUUCCCUGGUUUCACCGGCAAUCGCUGCAGCAUUGAUAUUAAUGAAUGUGAUACAAUCGGCUGUGUUAAUGGCAACUGUACAGACUUAGAAAACAACUUUAGUUGCGAGUGUUAUGCGGGUUGGUCAGGAUCAAGAUGUGAAAACGAUAUUGACUACUGUAGCCUCGAUAUUUCUGUCCACGGCUUCUGUGAUGAUCAAGGAGCUACUGCCUGUAACGAUGGCAACAGUACGUACACUUGUACCUGUGUGAUAGGCUGGACUGGUUACAACUGCUCAGUGGAUAUCCUCGAGUGUGAUACUAGAGCGUGUAUGAACAACGGAACUUGCGAUGAACAGCUCUUUGCUGCCUCCAUCUGCAACUGUCCGGCGAAUUAUACCGGAGAAUUCUGUGAGACCUUCUUGUUCCCUUGUUUGUUGGACCCCUGUCAGAAUGGAGGUACAUGUGUUGACAACGGUUUCCAAGACGGCUCUUACACUUGCAACUGUACACCUGGUUAUACUGGAACUAAUUGCUUGGUGGACCUUAACGUUUGUACGAACACUACCUGCGAGAAUGGCGGCACUUGUUUCGAAGGUAUCGGGAGCAGCUUCUCGUGUAUGUGUGUCCCUGGUUACACCGGCCCCGUGUGUGAUAUUGACCAGGACUUUUGUAUGAAUGACACUUGCAUGAAUGGUGGAACGUGUCUUGAAGAACCUGGAAUUGGAAUCAGGUGCAUGUGUGCGCCUGGUUUCACUGGGAUGUCUUGUCUAACUGAUGUCAAUUUCUGCAAUACUAGUCCCACUUUCGAUUGUUUGAAUGGCGGGACUUGUGUUGAAGGUGAUGGCAUGGCAACGUCUUGUAACUGUACUGAUGGUUUCUCUGGAGAUAGCUGUGAAUUUGAUGGUGAAUUUUGCGAUACCGACCCAACUUUUGAUUGCCUGAAUGGUGGUACUUGUGUUGAAGGUGUGGGCACAAUGACUGCCUGUAACUGCACUGCUGGAUUUAGUGGAGAUAGUUGCCAAAACGAUGACGAUUUUUGUGAUACUAAUCCAAUCUUUGAUUGCCUGAAUGGUGGUUCUUGUGCUGAAGGUGAUGGCAUGGCAACGUCCUGUAACUGCACUGCUGGUUUCUCUGGAGAUAGCUGUGAGCUUGAUGGUGAAUUUUGCGAUACCGACCCAACUUUUGAUUGCCUGAAUGGUGGUACUUGUGUUGAAGGUGUGGGCACAAUGACUGCCUGUAACUGCACUGCUGGAUUUAGUGGAGAUAGUUGCCAAAACGACAAUGAUUUUUGUGAUACUGACCCAACCUUUGAUUGCUUAAAUGGUGCCACAUGUGUUGAAGGAAUCGGCAUGGCAACGUCCUGCAACUGUACUGCUGGUUUCUCUGGAGAUAGCUGUGAACUUGACGGUGAAUUUUGCGAUACUAACCCAACGUUUGAUUGCAUGAACGGAAUAUGUGUUGAGGAGGUGGGUGACCUAACGUCAUGUGAUUGCUUCUCUGGUUGGGAUGGAAACGAUUGUAGCGUGGACAUUGACUUCUGUGGUACUCCUGGUCAAAUGUUCAACUGUAUGAAUGAAGGAACUUGUCAAGAGGGCAUUGGAAAUCUCACUUCUUGCGAUUGUGCCACCGGCUACGAUGGAGAUAGUUGUGAAAUUGAUCUCGAUUUCUGUGCUAUUUCUAACCCCUGUCUAAAUGGAGGGAUGUGUAUCGAAGGCCCUGGGGACGUGACUACGUGUAACUGCACGAGCAGCUAUACUGGAGAUGUGUGCGAGACCGAGCUCUGCGUUACAGGCAGCUGCAAUUCUAACGGCAACUGUUCGGAGAAUACUGGGCAGGCUAUAUCGUGCGAGUGUGAUCUAGGAUUUGGUGGCGAUAGAUGUUUAACUGAUAUGAGCUUCUGCUUAAACACAACUUGUAUGAAUGGCGGUACAUGCGAGGAUAGAGUGGGGGUGACGGUGGUGUGUAUGUGUGUGCAAGGUUUCACUGGUACUACUUGCAACAUGGAUGACCCAUCGUUUAUAUUCUGUCCCUUAAAUCCCUGCAUGAACAAUGGACAAUGCUUGGAGCUGUUUGGACAAGAAACUGGUUGCAAUUGCACGGAAGGUUUUAGCGGAGACAGGUGUGAAAUCGAUGACGAUGUUUGUCAGUUUGUUGUCUGUGAAAAUGCCGGCACUUGUGUUGAAGGAAUUGGAGCAGAUUAUUCCUGCAACUGUACGCAAGGAUUCAGUGGAAUGAACUGUGGGAACGAUGAUGACUUCUGUGCUACCGAGCCCACCUUUGUCUGUCAAAAUGGAGGAGUGUGUGUGGAGGGCUUAGGAGCUGCUACUAGCUGUAAUUGCACUCUUGGCUUCUCUGGAGAUAGUUGCCAAAACGACGAGGAUUUCUGUGAUACCGACCCAACUUUUGAUUGCCUGAAUGGUGGUACUUGUGUUGAAGGACUGGGUACCAUGACUGCCUGUAACUGUACCAACAGCUACACUAACGAUAACUGCGACACUGAGGUGUGCCUUGCUGACAGCUGUAGCUUCAAUGGUGUCUGUACUGUGAUUCAAGGUGGCAGCGUUUCCUGCGCUUGUAACCCCGGAUUCACUGAUGAUAGGUGUCAAACUGACUUGAAUAAUUGUCGAUCGGACUAUUGUGCUAAUGGUGGUACUUGUAUUGAGGGCACCGGAAUAGCUGUCUCCUGUAACUGUACUGAGAGGUACUCGGGUGAUCGAUGUGAGACGGAGAUUUGCUUCACUGAUAGCUGUAACUCGAAUGGUGAGUGCUCAGAGAUGAUCGGAGGACCCGUUUCUUGUGUGUGCAAUAGUGGUUAUACGGGUGUUAGAUGUGAUAUUGAUAUGGACGUUUGUUCUGUUGGUUCUUGUUUGAAUGAUGGCACUUGUGUGGAAGGUGUAGGCCCCGCCUUCUCAUGUAACUGUACCGCUGGAUUUAGUGGAGAUAAUUGCGGAAACGAUGACGAUUUCUGCAGUACCGUUAUCUGUCAAAAUGGUGCUAUGUGUGUGGAGGGCCUGGGAACUGCUACUAGCUGCAACUGCACACUCGGCUUCUCUGGAGAUAGCUGUGAAAUUGAUGACGAUUUCUGCAACACCAGCCCAACGUAUAUUUGUCAGAAUGGCACUUGUGUUGAGGAAGAUGGUGCGUUGACCUCUUGCAACUGUGAUACUCGAUUCACUGGACCUACAUGUGAUACUGAGCUUUGCCUUAGCGACAGCUGCAGCAGCCGAGGAGACUGCACUUCUAACGAUGGUGGAGCCAUUUCUUGCAAUUGUAGUACUGGAUACGGGGGAAAUAGGUGCGAAAUAGACAUGGCUUUUUGUGACUCCGAGACGUGCAUGAACGGUGGCACCUGUAUUGAAGGUGCAGGAGUUAUGGUGUCCUGCAACUGUACUGAAGGUUGGACAGGAAUGAAUUGCCAGCAAGAUGAUUCAUCCAUUGCUUACUGCAUGCCCAACAAUCCCUGUGUGAAUGGCGACUGUAUGGAGAUCACUGGACCUGGCUACAUGUGCGAUUGCUUCCCGGGAUUCUCAGGUACCGAUUGUGAGACAGAUCUUGAUGUGUGUACUGACACACUCUGCAUGAAUAAUGGGACAUGUAUCGAGGGGGUUGGUGAAGAUUUCUCCUGCGAUUGCCCCCCUGAUUACUCCGGCCCACUUUGUGAGGUAGAGCUAUGCCGAUCAGACUCUUGUUCCAAUGGUGGCAAUUGCGUACAAGGAGACACCUCUUUCACUUGCGCCUGUGUCCCUGGCUUCACUGGUGACCUCUGUGAGAUCCGUCUCUUCUGUGCUCCCACUAACCCCUGUGCUAAUGGUGGUGCAUGUGUGGAGAAUGCUACUAGUGCUAACGGCUUCAGCUGUGAUUGUUCGACUGGUUUUGGUGGUCCCACUUGUGAGAUACCGCUAUGUCAAUCAGACUCUUGUCAAGGAGGGGGUAUGUGUGUGCAGCAAGCUACUAGCUUCACCUGUAAUUGUCCACCUGAGCUAACUGGGGCCGUCUGUGAAACCACCCUCGAAUGUACUCCGAAUAAUCCAUGCCAAAACGGAGGUACUUGUACGGAAGUGAACGGACCUGGCUACACCUGCAUGUGUACUACAGACUAUACUGGGACCAAUUGCGAGAGCUCCACUAGCGGUUGUCAGUCCGAUAGUCAGUGCCCCUCAGGCAGUUACUGUGAGAUAGUCUGCCCGGCCGAUACCUAUCCCAGUCACACCACUUUUCUGAGCGAACCAGUUACGCUUGACGGCAAAUCGUUUGUUAGCGUACCCCAGAGCAGGUACCCUAGCCUGAGUGGCGAUAUCUCCGUGUUUGCAAUAUUCCAACAACAACCUGGUACUGAUGGCUACGUUUUCUCAUAUGGGACAGAAGCUUGUCGAAAUCUUGCUGUUUUCGUCGACUCUAAAUCGUCAGCAAUUCCUCAGAUUCGCUUGUACUAUACAGGCACAGACACUGAUACAAAGAUUAUCACCGUGGAUGCACCAGCUGCUAGUAGCCCAGGAUUGCAUUACCUAGUCAUCACUCUGGACGUUGGCGCUCCUUCAACCUUCAGGUUCUUCCUGGAUGGAUCGCUACUCAGUACCGUGAAUCCUGUGACCUCUCCCAACCUGCAGGCCAAGAUAACAGCUGCCAACCCUCCCACCGUUCUCGUGGGUGCACGUCUCCCUCGUAGCUAUCGUUUCACUGGCACUGUCUACAAUGUGGUCAUUUUUAGCAGUCUGGUCAACUCCAAUUUUGUGACCCAGCUGAUGACGGAUUAUACAGGGGGUGCUCUCACUACCGGAGAGUGUGUGAACUACAUGGCGAGGGACACAGCUUGCCCACCCCCCACACUGGCACCCUCCCUCUAUUGUGCCACUAGAUCACAAACCUGUGAUCCAACCACUAGAUGUCUGCCCACAUUCUCAGGGGACUACACUUGUCAACCAACCCCAGGGCAAGUAUGCACUACUGACUCGGAUUGUCCCUCCACCCACUUCUGUGGCAGCGAUUUGCCCAGCUACGGUAGCAAUUUCUAUGACAACAGCGAUUCUGUGAUCAGUGGAGAGACGGUAUUCCUCCAGCAAAAUGAGAUGACAUUCGAUGGCCAAUCCGUCGUCUCUCUAUCAACCUCCGUAACAACCUCAAUCUCUAAUCACUUGACCAUCUUUGCCACCGUUCGUCAAGAACCUGGAAAUGACGGCUACAUUGUCGGCAAGGGGAUCAACGAUCGUAUGCGAGACUUUGGACUGUACUUCCGUAGCACAAAGCGCACGGUGUGGUUAGCGUACGGCUCAGACGGAGUGUCCCCCGGUUUCAGAGAGAUUCUGUUCUUCUAUAACAUCUCCAUCGCUGACGGCAACCCUCACUCAAUAGCAGCUGUCAUUGAUAGCUCCGUGAACAGAGCAGUGUUGUACAUCGAUGGAGAAGUGGCUGCCCAGAGAACCUCGCUGCCUAGUGUGCCAGAGUUCAGACCGGACAUGAAUCUACUCUAUGUGGGGGGUCGUCCCAGUACUCGACUGUUCCGCUUCAAGGGCACUAUCAGUAAUCUAUUCAUCAGCAGCUCCGCCCUCUCCCUGGAUACUAUCAGCGGACUCCACACUCAGGCAUUCUCCAGCAGCAAUGCCAUCGAUCCAAUCUCUGUGGCAACCAACUCUGUACGCUACUGUUAUCAGUAUGUGGGUCAGUACGAGCAGUGUCAUGUACAAAACUCUGACACGAAGAACUUCAAGUGUGUCCUCAGCACAGACUGUGUGCCAGAGUCGGACAAUGUUGGGUUCACUGCCCUCCCCCUGAGCUCAGAUGAGGCUGUCACUAUCGAGGGACGUUGUGUGCCCCCCUGUGCAGAGUGUGAUGCCAUGGCAACAGACCCCCAGUGCGGCCAGGACGGGAACACAUACAGGAACACCUGUUACCUAACAUGCGCCCAAAUUGCUUUGCUUCAUGAUGGUGCAUGCAUGGACUAUGCAGCACUGUACACCCAGUCAGUGGGUGGGUAGACCACACCCCCAUAUACUAGUGACACUGAUAGUUAUUAUUAAUAGUUAGGUACUCUUAGUUUAUCGUGGCAUUAUUACUAGUUGUAUAUAGUUACUGUUACCAUGGACACAAGACUCUCAAAGACAAUUACGUACAAUAUAUACAAUCUCACUAUUAUAGUUUUUAAGUUUUGUAUAGGCUGAUACAUUUAAUUACUAUGCUAUAGCUAGUACUUUUUUAUCCCCCAUAAAAAAUAUUAUUGCAAAACGACAAACAAGAAAUUAAA